GGCAGCUAUAAACAUUAUAUAUAUAGACAUUACCUCACCAGCCUCUCUUUUUUUCUCUCCUGAAGUUAAUAAGAUUUUUUUUUAAUGCAACUUGUCAUGCCAAGAAACUGGAAGGUAUGGCCUCCUGUGCUUUAGACUCUCCCAUGAAGGAACAUUUACUGACCAUCACAAAACGCUGACACCCAAGACUUCUUCCAUAAAUGUUACAUAAACAUCUCCAAGCAAAAAAAACAAACAAAACAAACUUCCCCAUAUCAGUGAUCAUAUGUGUGUCUUUGGUCUUUGUUAAACACCACCACCAUGUGUUUAAACCUAAGAGAUAAUCCCCUGAACUCAGGGUUGAACCUGGAGAUGUCUGGUACUGUACGGUGAUAACACUACCCACUGCACCAUCAAACCACCUCAGUGGUAUAACAUUAAUCAAUUCCCUCUGAUUCAAUGAUUCGAGCUCUACGAGAGAACCCUGUGUAUUAAUUAUUAAUUAAAUAUCACACAAAAGAUAUAGAAAAUAUAUACAGAAUAUAGAGAAAUAACAGAGGAUUUUGAGAAAGUGUGGUCGGGAUUCAGUUAUUUACACAUAUACAACUUAAACAAAAAAAAAGACUUUAGAUAAAUAGUAAAUAAGAGAACCUUUUGAGUCUUUUGCGCUUGCGAGUCGAUUCGUCAAAUUGAUUCACUUGAAAAGAGUCGAUUCCUCCAUGAGCGGCUCGUUUGGAAGUAAACCGCCGCAGCUGGUGAGCAGGCGGUUUGUCUGUGGGACGCGGCGCUUUCCUGUGGCUCACACACACUUUCUCUCUUCUAAAACGAUGUUGUUUGAAGCUAAAAUUUACCCCCAGGUUGGAGGAUACGGACGCUACAACCGGCUCGUUGCGGUUUUCAGCUGGUUCCCGCACUUCGCCGUGGCUUUAAACCUUUUCUCUGAUAUUUUCCUGACGCUCGUACCGGAGUCGUACCACUGCCUGGCGGACCCGGAGUUACUGCCCGCCGCCUUCCUCCUCAGCAACUUCUCCACACAGACUUACCUCAACUUCACCGUGCCGUGGCUGAACGGCUCCGGACUGAGCCACUGUGAGCUUUACAAGUACCCGAAGAACUGGACCAACUUCACCGAGAGUGCGCACAGGACGCGGGUGCCGUGUACCAGGGGCUGGUGGUAUGGGAAAGCCGCCGGGCUCCAGAGCAACCUCGUCACUCAGUGGAACUUGGUUUGCAAGGACUACUGGAAGAUUCCUCUGCAGCACGUCAGCUUCAUGACCGGCUGGAUCCUCGGCUACGUGCUGCUCGGCACUCUGUGUGACUGGUUAGGUCGGCGUCGGGCUCUGCUGAUCUCUGUGUCUUUCUCAGGCGUGCUCGGAGUCGCUGUGUGUUUCUCCAACAGCUCCGUGGUGUUUCAGCUCCUCCGCCUGGGUCAAGGCACCGCGCUCGCUGGUGUCUUCCUCUCCUCCUAUAUCACUCGUCUGGAGGUGUGUGAUCCCUCUCACAGGCUCAUGGUGUCCAUGAUGAGUGGUUUAUUCUCUGUGUUUGCUGAGCUCAUGCUCCCGGGCCUGGCUUUGCUGUGCAGUGAGUGGCCUGUACUUCAGGCUGUGGCUACGGUGCCUCUACUGCUGCUGCUGUCCUACUGGUGCUGGCCCUCUGUGUUUCCCGAAUCUCCCCGCUGGCUUCUGGCCACAUCUCAGAUUCCUCAGGCCAAGAGAUGCCUACAGCUGUUCAGCACCCGAAACGGAAUGCGUAAGAGAGACGAGAUCUACCCAGCAGAGACUCUUCUGACAGAGAUAGAUGUGGCUUUCCCAGAAGACCCCCUGCCAAAGUACCACCACAUCUUUGAACUCCGUCACACCAGAGUUAUCUGGAGGAAUUGUCUCAUCCUGGCCUUUACUCUUUUCUUAGGCACAGGGAUCCAAUACUGUUUCACCCGGAACCUCCACAACUACUCACCACACUUCUACUUUGUGUAUUUCCUGCGUGCUCUGACGGGAGCCGUGGCUUGCGGCUUCCUGUGCGUGACGGUUGACCGCGUGGGACGGAGAGGAAUUUUGCUGCUAGCUGCAAUCAUCACAGGCCUGUCCUCACUACUGCUGCUGGCCCUCACACAAUACCUGCGUGGAGGACUGGUGUUGGUGCUGUCAUUCGUAGGGCUUUUCUCCUCUCAGGCUCUGGCCAUGCUCAGUGUGUUCUUCGCCAGUGAAGUCAUGCCUACUGUCGUACGGGGUGGCACCCUAGGUCUGGUGAUGGCUGCCGGCAGCGUGGGCACAGCCGCUUCGUCACUGAUGGAGCUGCAGAACAACAGUGGCUACUUCCUGCACCACGUGGUGUUCGCCUCGUUCGCCGUUCUCUCCGUGAUCUGCAUCAUGCUGCUGCCCGAGAGCAAGCACAAGGCCCUGGCCGACUCUCUGAAGGACGGAGAGAGCCUGCGCCGGCCUCCGCUCUUCCUCUCCAGGAGAGGACGAGAUGAACUCCCACUCCUCCGCUGCCACCAUCCUCCUUCUCAGUACAACCCGGA